AUGAGUGGAAAACUGGAAGAUAUAGGUGAACUAGUUUUGCUUAUCGGUGAUUUCCAUUCGCCCAUGAGAAAUUUGGGACUUCCUGACUGCUUUAAGGAUCUGCUAAAAACAGACAAAAUCAAACAUGUUCUAUGCACAGGGAAUGUUGGAAGCCGUGAAAAUUUGGAGCUGCUAAAAAAUAUUGCUGACUCUGUUCAUAUAACCAAAGGAGAUAUGGAUGAUGAGUAUGAUUUUCCUGAAGACAUUUUUCUCACGAUUGGAGAUUUUAAAAUAUCAUUAACUCAUGGUCAUCAAAUUAUUCCUUGGGGUGAUACAAACGCACUUUUACAAUGGCAGAAAAAAUAUGAUAGUGACAUAAUUAUUACUGGUCAUACUCAUAAAAAUUCAAUUGUCCGAUAUGGAGGAAAAUAUUUUAUUAACCCAGGUUCAGCAACUGGUGCUUUUCAACCAUGGCUUUCUCAACCGACUCCAAGUUUUAUACUAAUGGCAAUUGCGAAAAAUUCCAUUGUUGUUUAUGUAUAUGAGGAGAAAAAUGGAAAAACCAAUGUUGAAAUGAGUGAGUUGCAAAAGUGA